AUGUAUAAUAUAGAUCAUGAACAAGAUAAUUAUUGUUUGGAUCAUUUUCCUGAAUUUCGACAUACAAAGAUGCAACAAAUUAUUCCAUAUUGUUUCAGAUCUGAUACACAGAGUACACGUAUAUAUGAUGCAAACUUCGAUAAUACGUACGAUCCACAUUUUACUUUCAAUACUUUAUAUGAACAAAAUAUAACUAGUCAAGAAUUACUUCAAUGGUCAGCUACAAUUGAUCUCGCAGAGCGUUAUCAGAUAUAUAUAGAGAAUAAAAAAUCUUUCGUACCUUUCAAAGAUGAUCAAUAUGUAUUUUACAAGUGUUCAUGGCCUUGGUUUGGACCUGUUUGUCAAUUUUCAUUUGAUUAUUUUCGUAGUAAAUAUUUCCAUGCCUUAGUUCAAGAUACUUUCGAAUCAAAAAUACCGAACAUUAACAACACAAUGAUUACAUGCUAUUUACAUUUAAAAUGUGACACAUUAUUAAUAUGUCUCGAUUGGCGUGACAUAUGUGAUGGAAAAAUGGAUUGUUUAGAUGGAACUGAUGAGUCUGAUUGCUGGUUAUUGGAAAUGAACGAAUGUAUUAGUAAUGAAUUUCGUUGUCACAAUGGACAAUGUAUACCGAAAAGUUUUCUCUUGGAUAAUUCUUUUUAUCCAGAUUGUCUAGAUCGAAGUGACGAAUCAUUAUAUGUUGAAGGUCUAUUUUCAUGCAUUCAAGAUCCUUCUUUUAGAUGCGAAGAUCGGACAUGUCGACCAGGUACACAUGAAUUUGCAUGUGGAGAUGGUCAAUGUAUGACGGAAAUGGGAACAAUGUGUUAUAAUGGGAAGGGUAGUAUUUUACCUAAUGGAUCAUGUUUUAAUGCAUUAGAUUGUCUAGUGAAAAUCGUUGAUGAUCGCUGUGAUCAAUGGUGCGAGGAAAUUUGUUCAGAUAUCAACUAUAUUUCUGACAAUUGUUCAGCUUUAUUAGAAUUUCCUCCAGAUUCUGUUUUAUUCGGUCAUGUGCGUUUGGUGUAUGAAAUUAAAAAAAUGAUUAACAAAACUUUCUUACCAUCAUAUGUAUGUUACAAUGAAAAAUUAUGCGAAGAUUUUUUGCCAGCUACCAUUUAUUUGAAUGGAUCCGCUUGUCGUUAUAUUGAUCAGUUCGAUAUAUCUACAAUGAACAGUGAAAUAGAUUUCGAAGGGUUUAUUCAGCAUCUCAAACGAAUUUUUCGUGCUUGUGCAAUUGUCUCAACUGGAACAUAUGAUUGUAAUCAUGCAAAUGCGUACCAAUGUAAGAAUUCUACAAAAUGUAUUUCAAAAUAUCGUCUCGUCGAUGGUUUCAAAGAUUGCCCAUAUCAGGAUGAUGAAGAUUACAGUGAAAGUUGUGAAUUGAGUGAUAGUGAUGAUCGUUUUCGAUGUUUCAAUGAUCAGAAACGAUGUUUUGCACAUAUAAUCGUUGGAAAUAUAUAUUAUGAUUGUCCAACAGGAGAAGAUGAAUCAGAAAUCGGUAAAUUCAUGGGAAAAUACCAUAUUUAUUUUCAAACAAUUUGUAAUGGAUAUGAAGAACUCAUUCCAAUAAUGAUUGAUGGUCGAAAUGAAACAGAUGAAACCGAAUGUGAAUAUUGGCCAUGUGAUAGUAUUUAUAAUCGAUGUGAUGGUAUUUGGACAUGUAAAAACGGAAUAGAUGAAAUCAAUUGUAAAGAUUCUAUUUGUCCAUCUUUUCAUCAUAUGUGUGUUUUUCCGAACGAACCUAACAAAUUACAAUGUAUACGUUUGAAUCAAACUGGUAAUGAUAAUAUUGAUUGUCUUGGAGCAUCCGAUGAACGUCAACACUGUCGAAUGCUUCAUGAAAAUGAUAAACACUUACGCUUUUAUUGUUGGAAUGAUACUAAAUGCAUUGAUGUACUUGAUAUUUGUGAUGGAAUUGAAGAUUGUAGAUUUGGUGAUGAUGAACAAUUCUGUAUAAAUGAUGAGAUAUCGUCAGAAUUUAGUAUCAGUGCUGAAUCUUCAUGGAAAAUUGAAAAAUUUUUCCACAAUCUACAUGAUUUUUCAAGAAAAAAACUCAUUUAUUUUACACUUGAAAAUAUGCUAAUUUAUCCAUCUAAUUUGAACAAUGACGUUACAAAAAGUUUAUCUGAAGACUCACUACUUAAAAGUACACCGAAUUCUGACAUUGAAAAUGAUUGGAUGUUACAAUGUAACCGUGGCUUAAACAUUCGUAUUCGAAUGAACAGCAGUGAAAAUAAAUCAGAGCGAUGUCUUUGUCCACCAAGUUAUUAUGGAGAAACAUGUCAAUAUCAAAAUGAACGUGUUAGUAUCAUUAUUCAAUUAUAUGUAGCAUCGGACUGGAGGACACUUUUCACUGUCUUGUUUCUCCUAUUGGAUAAUGAAGGAAAAGUUCAUUCCCAUGAUUGGAUAGAAUAUUUACCCAUUCGAGAUUAUAAUACUAAAAAUUAUAGUGUACGUAUUGAUAUAUUUAACAAGUUAACAUUAAAUUAUCGAGCAAGCUGGAUUUUUCCGAUUUUAUUUUCAUUUUUACCUGUAUAUCCUUUAGCAACUCAACUUAUUAUUCCAAUUUCAUCUGUUCAACCAAUAACAUAUUGUCCAUUGCCAUGUAUUCAUGGUCAAUGUAUAAAAUAUACAAAUACUGAAAAUACAUUCUUCUGUCGAUGUGAUCAUGGUUGGUCAGGUAGUCAAUGUUCGAUCGCACAUCAAUGUAAUUGUUCAUCAGGUUCACUUUGUAUUGAUCAAUCAAUAUGCAUAUGUUCUGUCCAUAAAUUCGGUUCUCUGUGCUAUCUCAAUCAGAUAUUAUGUAAAGAAAAUAAAUGUUUAAAUAAUGGACGGUGUGUAAUGGAUGAUUCACGUGGAGAAACGAUACAAAAUAUGAUUUCUAUGUCGACUUGUAUUUGUCCUGAAGGCUAUAAUGGGAAUUCUUGUCAAUUUAAUCAAACUCGUCUUGACAUAUCGUUUGCAGAUAAUUUUAAUAUUCCUGAAUCUAUAUUUAUUCAUUUUAUUGAGACAUUUACUGAAUCUCCACAUAUCCAAACAACAAUAUCAAAAUUAAUUCCAUUUCAUCAAACUAAAAUUACAAUACAUACUUCGAUUAUAUUCAAUAUAGCUUUUGCACAAUUUCAAGACAAAUAUCAUUUGAUUGUUCUUCGAAAAUCAUAUAUUGACGCCGAAGAUAUUUCAACACAAAUUACUCUUUCAAACCAAUGUUUAUCCAUUCAACAACUAUUCAACACCACAAUUGCUAACCAACAUUUAUUACGACGUAUAAAACAUUAUCAUGUUCCAUGUCAACAGCGAAAAGAAUUAAUUUGUUUCUAUGAUGCUGUUCAUCUGUGUUUAUGUGAUCUUUCUCGACAUGCUAAUUGUUUCAAAUUUAACAUUGAUGUUACAAAUAAUUGUUAUGGAUUAAGUCCAUGCGAAAACGGUGGUCAAUGUUUCCAAGAUGAUCAAAAGUGUCCGACAUCAUUUAUCUGUGUUUGUCCUACAUGUUUUUACGGACCACGUUGUCAAUUUUCAACGAAAGGUUUUCGUCUGUCAUUAGAUGCAAUUCUUGGAUACCAAAUACGACCGAAUAUUGUGUUAAGCCAGCAAUCGACUGCUGUGAAAGUAUCCAUAGUUCUUACCACAACUAUAUUCAUACUGGGUCAAAUCAAUGCAUUUUUAUUAGCUAUGACGUUUUGCAAAAAGCAAACACGUAAAAUAGGCUGUGACAUUUAUUUGUUAGCAUUGUCAAUCGUUACUACAUUUACUAUGAAUGCUUUUCUAUUAAAAACCUGCUUUAUGCUUAUAACGCAAAUGAGUUUAAUAAGAAAUCGUUUAUUUAUUCUUGGUCAAUGUCGAUCUAUGGAGUUUAUUAUUCGUAUCUGUCUAAGUGUCAGCGAUUGGCUUCAUGCUUGUAUUGCAAUUGAAAGAGUAAUCAUUUCGAACGGAGCUGUUUUCAACAAGAGAAAAAGUAAAAAAAUAGCAAAAUGGAUGAUUAUUAUUAUUUUCCUCAUUGUUACUUGUACAAAUAUUCAAGAACCGUUACAUCGUCGUCUUAUGGAUGAUGAAGAUGAAGAACGAACAUGGUGUGUAAUCACACUGUCACCUUCUAUUCAGAUGUUUGAUUCGAUUAUUAAUCUUCUUCAUUUUCUCCUUCCAUUUUCCAUUAAUUUGAUUUCUACUCUAAUCAUUAUUGUUGUUACUGCUCGAACACGAUCAAACAUCCAGAGAAAACAGAUUUAUAUAGAACAUUUUUACCAACAAUUACAAAAUCACAAACAUCUUCUCAUUUCGCCAUGUAUUCUUAUACUAUUAGCAUCACCUCGGCUCCUUAUUCCGUUCUUAUCUGAAUUUUCUCAUACAUUUUAUCUUUCCAAGAAUCGACUUCUAUUCGAUUAUACAAAUUUUACUCAUGCACUAAUUCAUUCAGCUAGUUUUAAAGCAAUUAAUUUUACUAAAUCAGAUUGGUCAAAUGUGCAAGCAUCUCAAAUAGGAAUUUAUAAUUCGAUAUUUACAAAUACAAUUAUGGACAAGUCUUCACUAAUCAAAAGUACUAUUCAAGAUUCAGUUUUUAAAUAUAUGAAUUUCUAUGAAACAGAUUUGAGUUAUGCUAAAUUUUACAAUGUGACAUUUAUUAACUCAAAUAUGUACUCGGUUAAUAUGAGUUUUAUUUCAUGUGAAUACUGUUUUUUCAUUAAUGGUAAUUUUGAAGACAUAAUUUGGACACAUAUUUCAUUAGAAUAUUCUAAAUUUCUUGAUUGUUCAAUUGAUAUCAAUCAAUUAUUUGAAAACAGUAUUGAUGUUUUAGAAUCGGAACUAAUCAAUGGUGCGAAUGAAUACAAUCUCGGUAAAACUGAUUAUUUUCACCGAGUUUUAUAG